UCAAGGAGCGAAUCGACAACCGUGAGUCGGAAUGUAUUUAUUUAUUAAUUUUAGCUAUUUCUAUGGAAUGUAUGUCCUCUCUGGAACAUUACAUCGUUAUGUAAUGCUGGACGAAGAUAGGGCGUAUUUGUUUUUUCUCAAUCCUAAAAAGUUCGAGUAAUAGGUUUUAAUGGGAAAUUUUGCUUUUUUCGUUAUGUUUUUUUUCAGCCUGGUGGAAGAAAGUGGUCCUGUUUGUUUUUAACGAACAGUAGGCUAGUUUUAAAAAAUGGGGAGAAAUAGGAAAAGGUGUUUUUUCCCUGUACAUGAAAAGAAGCAACAUAAAAACAAAACACAACAAGUGUGUGAAAAACUUAAAUAACUUCGUGUUAAGAGUGUAAACUCUUAAACCUUCCUGUUGGUUGCAUUUCACACACCAGUGGGGUUUAUGAGAAACUUGAUCACAAUCAAACCAGUCUAUGAGAAAAGACUGAGAAAGCUACUGAACUCGUAAUGUUUCCCUGUUAAUAACUGUAUUCCAGUUAUAAAUACCAGACACCUUUAUCUUGCUUCCUUGUAGACCUAUAAACGUUUUCUGUUUCUGUUGUACUAGGUGGUUGUCUCUUUUCCUCUUCCUUCCUGUUUGUCGACUCUGUCCCCGGUGGCGUGGGCUGAGGCUCAGACCUGUGCACGUCCUGACCGGCAGGCGAUGGACAGACGGACGCUGUCCCGCAUUGACGAGGAGCUGGACUCCUCUGAGGUGGCGGAGCUCUGCUUCUUGUGUAGUGAUGUCGUUAACAGGAGGCGCCUGGAGGGGAUUACGGACGGAAAGACACUCUUCAUGAGACUUGAGGAGAAAGGCCUUUUGGAGAACAGCUCGUUCCUCUGUCAGCUGCUCCAGAUCAUCCAUCGAGCUGAUCUCCUCAACCAGCUGCAGAAUGACUACAGACAGCAAGAGGAAACGGAUGCCAACCCCAUCCUGUCUGCGUACAGGGUGAUGCUGUAUGAUAUAUAUAAGGACAUGACCGAGGAGAAUUUCGAGAAGAUUAAGUUUAUGCUGAAUAGCAAGCUGGGAAGAAGGCAGCUGGAGAUGAGCAAAACCGUUUUGGACGUGUUUGUCGAAAUGGAAAAGACGGGAUUAAUGUCACAAAGAGAUGUCACCGAGCUCCACGCGCUGCUGCAAGACCUGGAUGUGCAGCUGGCAGGGAGAGUGGAGAGGUACACACAAGCGUUACCUCCGCAAAUCCAGCACAUUCCAUCAGGCUCCUUCAGCAUAGAUCAACAGAGACCUAACGUCGCUUCUCUUGCACCACUAUCCUCUCUGUCCAUACAGGAUAAUCAGUCCAUCUACGAUCUCCCCGUUUCAGCUUCAGAAUCCCUGCUCCCCUCCUCGGGUGAAGAAAGGAGCAUUUGCACUGACGCACUACCCAAAGUUGAGUCGUCCUCCCUUUCUGAUGAGGGGGAUUACUACUCUUUGAGCCAUAUGCCCCGAGGCUUGUGUGUGAUCAUCAACAAUGAGGUCUUCCCGGACACCAAUCUGAGAAAGCGCCAAGGAACUCAGGAGGACGAGAGUUUGUGCUGUUUAGUUAUUUCGUUUUUGGAGGCUCUGCAUUCAGUGUUUGAGAGAUUAGGCUUUGAGGUGGUGACACACAGAGACCUGACAGCAGAAAGGAUUCGCGUUGAAAUGGCCAAACUUGGCAAGAGGAAUUUUUCAAGCGACGAUGCCUUGGUCAUCGCCGUGCUGUCCCACGGAGACAUGGGCUGCAUCUUCGGCAGUGAUGAGAAGAAGGUGCCGCUGCAGGACCUGACGGGCCCCUUUAAAACCGGCAGAGCCAUCACUCUGGCUAGGAAGCCCAAACUCUUCUUCAUCCAAGCGUGCCAGGGCAGCGAGUACCAGAAAGGAUCCGUGCUGCGCCACCCGGCCAACAAGCUGGACAGCGAGGAAAAC